GGCGGCCCGGGGGCGUGGCUGGGCCUGGACCGCGGCUGGGGCCAUGUCGGCGCCUCCCGCCCUGCAAAUCCGGGAGGCGAACGCACACCUGGCGGCCGUGCACCGGCGCGCGGCGGAGCUGGAGGCGCGGCUGGACGCGGCCGAGCGCACGGUGCACGCCCAGGCCGAGCGCCUGGCCCGCCACGACCAGCUGCUGCGCGCCGCGCUGGACGAGCUGGGCCGCGCCAAGGACCGCGAGAUUGCCACUCUUCGGGAGCAGCUGCUGACCUCCGAGGCUACUGCCCACAGCCUGCAGGCCGCUGUGCACCAGAGGGACGAACUCAUCAGGCAGUUGCAGCCCCGGGCCGAGCUGCUGCAGGACAUCUGUCGCUGCCGGCUGCCCCUGGCCAGGCUGCUGUCCGCCCUGGCUGAGGCUGAGCGCCUGGGACCUCUGCCAUCCAAUGACCCCGGCCACCCACUCCCUGGUGGGCCUGGUCCACCCCUUGCCAACAGCACUGGGGAAGAGGGGGACAGGGACCAGCUCCAGCCUGCAGUGUUUGGGACCACAGUGUGAGCCUGGAGCACAGAUUCCAGAAUGGAGACAGAAGCCCACUGCUGUGGGUGUCUUCAGGGGUCACCAGUGUUCUGGAAGGGACCCUGUGGCAACUUAUAAUCCUGUCCAAACGUCAAAGCAAGCUGAAAAGUCAAAGUUUUCAAACAGGCCCACAGGCCAAAUGCAGAUGUUUAACCCAGACA